AUGUCUUCAGUUUAACAUUAUUUGUUGAGAAAACAAAUUGCACUAAUUUAACAUCCAAACAUUUUUAUGACUCAACAUGACAUAGAUGAAUCUUAAUUAUAUAGAGAUGGUAAGAUUGUACCUUAUUAUGUUGUUGGCAAACCUGAAAUUAUUGAUAAGAGAUUAAAUAAAUCACAACCAAUAGAAGAAAUUAUUUAAGUUCAUCGUAAAAUUAAACCAACAACAUAUAAAGAAUUUAAAAAUAAACAAUCGUAAUAAUUAAGUGUUUAAGAGGAAGCUGAAUUUAUUCAAAUUGAUAUGGAACCAAGUUAAGUUGAAAAUGAAAUCUAAUAAAUUCUCAAUAGAAAGACUUAAUAAUAAUAUUUACAUCUUAAAAAAUUAAGUAAAGCAGAUUAAGCUGUUGCAGCUAAAGAUGAUAGAAUUAUCAAAUAAUUUGAAAAUUAAUAAUAAAAAUGGUAACGAAGAGUAGUUUCAUCAGCUUAAUAAUGUAAUAGACCAAUUACUUAAUCUAUUUACAAUUAAAUAUAAGUAGAACGUGAAAGAGUGGAAGAUAAAAAGUUAUUGGAAAUAAUUUAAACUGAUGCAGAAAGAUAUGGCAAUAAAUUAUGGGUAAUAUUGAGAUUCAUUUUAGGAAAGAUAACUUAGAUCAAGUUCUGAUGCUGUAGAAUAACAUAAAAAAAUUAAAGAGUAAGGACAUGAAAUAAUUAAAAAUCCUCAUUAUUAAGCUAUAUACAAAAGACCUAGAAGUAUUGCUUAAAGAUUUGAAGAAAGGAAAGAUAAGGUAAAUGAAGUUGCUAGUGUUGGUUAAUAAUUAGAUAAUCUUUAGGUAUUUAAUAUACUUAUUUAUAGAUAGAAGGAGAGAAUAAAUUAGUGAAAGAAACUUAAAGUGUUUAAAAAAUGUUAAAUGAACAUAAAAUUAAAGAUUAAAAUGAAAAUAAUGUUAAAAGGAAAAAUCCAGCAAUUUUUAAGAAAAUUGUUCCUGUUGAUUAAGUUAAUGGUUCCUAUGAAAUUAUAUCACUUAAUUAUGAUAAAUAAGUUUUGAGAUAAAAAGGAAAACUGGAUAUUUUUAAAUAGUUUUUUUGA